AGUUUCGUUUCUGUAUUAGUCCUGCCCCUCAAAUACAGCACACGGACUAAAAUUCAGAGCUACUUAAAGAAGCAUCCCAAACUGGAAAACAUGUCGAACCAAGGACCGAGAAGGCCAUACAAUGUUCAAAGUAACAGAUGGAGGUCCUACACAAACUCACAAGAGCCAAUAAAGAGUGAGACAUCUGCAGAAGACCUGACGCAAAACCAACUGCGUCUCGUCCUGGUGGGCAAAACAGGUGCAGGAAAGAGCGCAACAGGAAACACAAUCCUGGGAGAAGAGCGUUUUCUUUCUGAUAUGAGCAUGGGAUCAGUCACCAAAGAGUGCAAGCGAGAAUGUGGAACGGUGGCAAGACGAAACCUUCUGCUCGUAGACACACCUGGUCUGUUUGACACAGAUCUCACGGAUGAGCAAGUACAACAUGAGCUAAUACAUUGUCUAGCUUUGUCUUCACCUGGUCCUCACGUGUUUCUGCUGAUCAUACCAAUCGAGCGUUAUACGGAGGAACAGCAGCGGACCGUGGACAUGAUUCGAGAGAUGUUUCAUGAGGACAUCACCCAUCGCACCAUCAUUGUGUUCUCCCACGCAGACAAACUUCAGGAGCCCAUCGAGAAGUUCAUUUCAAGACAAAACCAAAAGGUUCAAGACCUCGUGGAAAUGUUUGGGAGGCGUUACAUGGCUUUUAACAACACAGAUCUUACAAACCGAUGUCAGGUUGUUCAACUGCUGGAGAUGGUGGAUAAGUUGCUGGUUCAGAAUGACAACACACACUUUACCAAUCAGAUGACGGAGGUAAUGCUGAAGGCCAAGGCAAUAAUAGACGAGAGAAUAACGAUUAAUAUUAGGGCGGAUGUACAGAAAAUGGCUGAUGAUCGCUGGACUGCGUUCACUGCAGACAUGAAAGAAGAUAGACAAGAUUCAGUGAGAAAAAAGAAGCGUGUCCAAGGCAGGAUUAAUCAGAUCAAGUCUGAUAUAAAAAAAGAGGAACAGAAUGAGAAACCCAUCCCAGAACGACUGAGACGGUGGCAAGAAUCUCUGGAGAUGGAUCAGAUGAUCUUCAGAAGACUUGAGGAGGAGGAGAGGGAGAGAGUGGAGCGAGAUCGGACUGAAAGGAUGAGUCUGGAUGCAUGGAUGCAUGAGGAGCAGAUGAUGAGAGAAAGUGAGAAGCCUAAAGAUGAUUCAAAUUACACUAAAAUCCUAACAACACUUACCAGCUUUCUGUUAGGGAUGGGCAUCCGUUCUUUUGCACCUAUGCUUUUGGCCUUUCUGUUCCCUGCUGCUCCAGUUGUAGCAGAAGCCAGCAUUGCAAUGAAGAUUUUAGCCCAAUUGCUUAAUUUUGCUGGAAAGGGCGGAGCUUUUAUUUUACCAGCCGGCAUUAAGAUUGCAACGCUGUGCACCAUACAAUAAUCCACUUUCAAAUGCUGAUGAUUUUAAUAUCUGUAAUAAUGCUGCUAUUUCUAGCUGUAGAUUGAUAUUUCCGAGCUCAUGGCUAUAAAAUAAUUUGAGUAUUAUUGAAAUAAUCUUUAUUCUUUCUUUAUUUUAUUCUCAUAUUGUUUCCAUCAGCAAGUAUAAAUAUAGUGAUUAUUUACUCAAAUCAUAAAUAUAUAUUUUUUGUUUAGAAACAUUAAAGUUGGAAUCUUUAAAACUACUUGUAACCUAUUGUGUAAUCAGUAACAGUUAUUGUAUUCGUAAAUUCAGUAAAAUCAAUUCUCAUUGUAUUCAUCUAAAUAAAGUGAAUUCUACAUUCAA